AUGUCCACUCCCAACAGCGAAGACACCAUGGACCUCAUCGUCCCUGAGACCACCGAUGCGACUGUCGUCAAAGACGAGGCCGCUCAGGAGCCCGUCUCUCCUGCUGAGACUCCUGUCGAAACUCCCAAGAAGCGCGGCCGCAAGAAGGCUACUGCCACCACCGCCACCGACGAGAACACCGAGCCUGAAUCCUCCCCCAAGAAGACCAAGGCUUCUCCCUCCAAGAAGAGCCUCGGUCCUAUCCCCACCAGCUUCGAAGCUGCCGGCGUGACUGAUCGAAUGAUACUGCGCAUGAGGGACCAGGAGAAUCGCAACUGGGGUGAAAUCACCAAGGCCUAUGUCGAGUACACCGGCACCCAGGUUGGCGGCUCGACCCUCCGUAUGCGGUACACAACUAUGAAGGCCAACUUCACUUCUGUCUCUGACGAAGAUGGUGCCCGUCUUCUCAAGUUCAAAAAGGACAUUGAAGAGAGGUUCGAGCAGGAAAAGUGGCACCGUCUUGCUGAGGCCAUUGAGGCUGACGGCGGCGACAAGUAUCCCACUGCUACCCUCCAGAAGAAGUACAAGGAGCUCUCGAAGAAUGGCGCUGCCUCUACUGAGGAGUGA